AUGUCUGCCAAGACCGAGGACGAGCGCGUGCUGGCCGCCAACCCGAACUCGACAACGAAGAAGAAGAUCACAUGCGCCAAGGAAGACCUCAGUCGCUCCACAAGCGGAACCAACUGCGUGCGCGAGCCCGAGCACCUCGCGUACUCGUCAGAGCCUUUCUCGGCUGCGCUGCCGCACGGCGUCGAUUCUGGCGCUGCUGCCGAGCUCGACGGGUGUGGACUUUGCCUUCCGCCGACCACGCACCUCGACAAAGUCGUCAUUUCCAUCACCCUCCGCGCGCGUACGUCCCAGCUCAUGCCGGCCUUGCAACUUGCGCCCGGUAGCCCGCUCAACGGGACCAUAUCUCGUUUUAAGCGCCUCUUUGCCCCGCUCUCGACCACCGUCGUUGACUCGGGCCUCGAGUCGAGGGACACGGUCGACUGGAGGUCCAUUUUCUGA